GCCCCUAACGGACAAUCACUAUUUUACCUGAGUGCCUACACCUUGACCCUCAGUCUUUGCUCUCCCGAGCAUGCACAGAGGUGUGCACUGAGGACUAUACUAUGCUACAGAUCUAUGCUCAUGCCCCCUGUGGUUGCUACAGCAAUAUUGUAUAGUAUUUAUUAUCUCAGCCACGGCCUGAGCCUGAGCCAGGCCGGGCCAAGCCUGAGCUGUCUACUAAGGCCCGGCCUGAUAUUUUGGCAAGCCCAAGCCACCUCAAGCCAGGCCGUAGCCCCAGCUUUCAGGCUGAGCCAGGCCUUGCACAUCACUAAUGGUGCUAAGAUGCAGUGGGUACUGCCAGAUGGCAGCAUCCCUGUUGUGGUGGUGUCUACAGGCGCCCAUACUGGCACCCGUCUUAGCGCUCACCCGCGGGUUGAACAUUAUGUAGCUUACAUAAUGGGGUCCAUGCGCACUUCGUGCCUGGUAUCGUACCACUACGUUUCCUUCUUUACUAACACGACCACACAGAUACAGUGGUCCUCAACCCAGUUCCUUUGGGACUACCAGCCCUCGCGGGAUCACCUCUCCUCCAGUACGACUGAGCAGACUGCUGCUUUGUCACCUCCACAAAAAGGGCUCCCAUCUACCCUUGAGGUGGCACCUGGUGUCGUACAACCGGUCCAAACCCACAGGUCGUCACCCAUCAAGAACCUGUUAGCUACUACCAGAGACACCCACCUGCUCACCCAGAAGAUGUAUUCACCAUUCUACGAAUCGAUGUUGAACCCAUACAAACAGCAGAAAGCGCACAGUCACCCACCAGUGAACAACCACUCGAACUCCCUGAAGUUCACUCCACCCGCACCAACCAACGCACUGGUUGAAGUCCCUAUGGCAACAUUCACUCAAGAAGACAUUGAUCAGCGCAUUGCUGUUGCCCUUGCAGCAUACCAAUCCCAGCAGUCAACGGCCAACCGACCCCUUCGCCUCGACAUCCCCGCUCCCGAACCCUUCAGUGGAAAGGCAGAGGACCUCAGACGCUUCAUCCAAUACGUCCUCUCCUACUUUGUCGCCACCAACAACACCCGACUCAGCGAUGAAGCAAAGAUCGCCUUCACUGUAGCGCUGAUGAAGAAGGAUCUGGGGAAGACAUGGGCGGACGCGUACUACGAGAAGUCGGCAGGGGGAGUCCAGGUCUAUUCCACAUGGGCAAACUUCGUCGCCGCCCUAGAAGAGGUGUUCCCUGAGCACGGAACACGAAUCAAGGCACAUCAAAUCCUGAUGAAACUGCCUGAACGACAGAGGGAUAGGAAGACGGCACUCUCCCUCGGUAACUACGUCACCCACUUCGAGCAGCUGGCAUCGAAGGCUCAGCUCAAGGACACCGAGGUCAAUGGCACCAACCGCGUUGAGAACGACUACCACACUCUCCACGCCAACUUCGUCAAGGGACUCCCGAAGGAGCUGUAUUUUGCUCUUGCAACAAGGGUCGCUAGGGAUCGACCCAACACCAUGAAGGCCUGGUACGACGAAGUUCGAAACACCGACACAGCCAAGCAGGGGGCUCUCGUCGUCACAGACACCAGGGACUAUGGCGAACCAAUGGAUAUCGACGCUGCUGCCGUCGCAUCAACCUUCGCCUCCACAUCAGGAGGAAGAAAAUGGGAACUAGGAGCUGUUCUCAACGAGGCCGAUCGGAAGCUCCACAGGGACGGGAACCUGUGCUUCUACUACCACAUCAAGGGUCACAGCGCCAAGGAUUGCCGCAAGAAAGCGGCCGCAUGA